CGGCCAGUGAGCAGGGCCCUGGGAGAGAGUCGGGUCCCUGGACAGGAGGUGCUCUGCGUGACGGGGCGGCCUCCAGGCCCAGCUCAGCGGGUUCGGGAAUCUCUGCAGCUCUGGUAUGAAGGCAGGACCCUCCCGUCCCAUCACCCUGCCUCACGGAAGGAGAAGAUGCUCUCCCAGCGGCGGCUGCUGUGGGGCCACAAGGCCCUCCCUCACUCCGUUCACGUAACACCACCAUGGGGCCUUCUUGUCACCAGGCCACGGGCCAACGACACAAGGUUGCCACUGCGAGCCCUCUGUGGGCCUCCUGAAGCCCAUGGCAGCCCCUGCCCUAGACGGUGCCAGUUCAGGGGUGCCCAGAAGAGGCAGCCGGAAGCCCGGAGCUGGAAUCGCAGGCCGCUCUCUGCCCAAAUGAGGGCGGUGCCCCAGCCGGCCCCCACCCGCCCUGCCGGGGCCAGAGCCUGGGCCGAGGCUGGGAGCAAGGCCCUGCCCGGCUCCUGCGGUCACUGUGGGGAGGGCGGGAGGGGUGUGCGAGCCCUCGCGCUGCGCCAGGGCACAGAUGGUUCUCAUUCCCUGCCGCCUGUCUUCCAGAGGAAAACAAACCAGCCAGGACCAACAGACCCUUUUUUAUCUUGGGGUUAUUUUUGUUUCCAUUUUCCUUUGCCCGAAGCUGCUGUCCUGUGGGCUGCAUUUUGCGAGGGUCUGGCUGGGGUGGCCUUGGCAUGUUCCUCACCUUAGGGCGGCUCUCCCAGGAAGGCCUGGGGUGCAGGGAGGAGCCCCAAAGGAAUGUCACCCACUUCCUGCUCCUGGACUGGUCCCUGUCCUACCACGGGUCACAGCCACCUUUCAAGGGUUUGGAGUCUCCUGAUCAGAGCAGGAGGGGUGGGAUUGGGAUUGGCACUGGGGGUAGGGGAGGGCACAGGACAGCAGGGCAGGACCAGACAGCGAGGGCUGCUGUGUGCCCAGCACGAGGCCCUGGCCGGCUGGGGAGGAGGCCGUCAAGACCUCCAGAGCUGAGGGUGGAUGAAGCCACCUUGUACCACCCAGGCCCAGGGACUCCCAGGAAUCGGGGGAGGAGUAGGAGGGCAGCCUGCUGGGCGCCCCGUGGGGUGGGGGCACAGCCUGGCUGCUCUGCCUGGAUCCACUCUGGCCUGCACGGCCGCCCCAGGAGGAGGGGGCUGGCUACACCCCAUUGCUCAGAGGUCGGGAGGGUGCUGUGGUUACCCAGGGUCUCAGAGGUAGCACUGCAGGGAGGUGGGGGCUUGCCCACCGUCCCACAGCCGGGCAGAACCCGUGUUUGUCAUCGGUUGCCCCAGGUUUGGCCAAAGCCGGGCAUCCCUGGCCUAGCCCAUACCCACUGGCAGAGGUGCAAGUCAGCGAGGCAGUGCAGGGACAGGACGGGAGGAGGGGACAGACAAGACCACCAAGGGGGAGGGGCGCCUGCCCGACAAAGGCUAGGGGGCCUCCAAGGCCCGGGCAGUGGGCGGAGCCCAGCAGGCUCAAAGUGGGGGUGUGGAAGAAAGGGGCCCCUCCCCUGCACUCCCCGGGGUGCGCUGGGGGCCUCCGCAGCGCCCCUCCCCGGGCGUGGGUCCCGCCCACCGGUCCGCGCCCCCUCCCCGCGGCGGUGACAUCACGGCCACGGCGGCGGGAGGGGCGGCGGCGCCCCGCGCACAUCACUUCCUCGGCGUCUCCCGCGGGG